UGAGAGUGGACGCUCGUUGCCCCAUGGAAACAUCUAUGUCCAUGCAGUAUUAACAACUUGUUUAAAGCAGUCUGGUGAAAUCUUUUGAUAAUCGUGUAAGGAAACAGCGCUUUGGAGCUUAUCGUCGGAGCUCAGCGGUGAAUAGUGUGUAGUGUAGUGUAAUGUACGGUAUUGAUUUAUGCGGUAAGAGGCCCAGUGUGCAGUUAUGAUGCUUCUCUGUAUCACUAAUAGAGUAUAUGAACACAUGCUGGAGUGUUUAUCAGUCGUGCUGUACACACCGAUCAUGCGUUACUGCUGGAUUACCUGCGUGCUUGGGGCCAAAGGAAAUAGAUAUUAUUAUUAACCGUGUCAUUACUGUGACAUUGACGUAUAAAACUGCGUUUUCCAGACAGGUCUGGAUUUUCGUGCAUCAUUGAUUUUAAAUGAGUGAAGCCCUGCAUGCGCGAACAUGCCUGACAUUCAUUUUUACUCAACGAGAAACAAGGAUACAGUCUUCUGCUGAUUGCACUUUAGAAACGAAGACAUCAUGUCUUUAGAAAUACUGCAAGACACUUUCUGACGGGCCGUUUGGUUGACAGCGAGUUGACAGCUUCUCCUGAAUUUCUGAAGAAUUAAACACAAUAAAAGCUGCCAAAAUGAGGAUUUUUAGGACUUUGAUGAACAUUGCACCCGUCUCCAAGCAAAUCGACUUUUACUCCAGAUUUUCUCCUUCUCCUCUGUCUAUGAAACAGUUCAUAGAUUUUGGUUCUGAGAAUGCGUGUGAGAAAACAUCCAUCACUUUUCUGAGACAAGAGCUGCCUGUCAGACUGGCAAAUAUAAUGAAGGAAAUCGAUUUAUUGCCUGAUAACCUGCUGAGGACACCAUCAGUGCGCCUAGUGCAGAGCUGGUACAUGCAAAGUUUCCAGGAUAUACUUGAGUUCAAGGACAAGGAUAUUGAUGAUGAAAAGGUCACACACGACUUCACAGAUGCAGUGAUUAAGAUCAGAAACCGGCACAAUGAUGUGGUGCCAACCAUGGCUCAAGGAGUGGUUGAAUAUAAGGAGACCUACGGGACCGACCCCAUCACCAGCCAGAACAUGCAGUACUUUCUGGACCGGUUCUACAUGAGCAGGAUUUCAAUCAGAAUGCUCCUGAACCAGCACACUCUUCUGUUUGGAGGAAAGGUGCGUGUGAAUCCUGCUCAUCCCAAACAGAUCGGCAGCAUUGAUCCCAGCUGUUGUGUCACUGAUGUUGUAAAAGAUGCCUAUGAAAAUGCACGAAACCUGUGUGACAGGUAUUACAUGAACUCACCUGAGCUCGUACUGGAAGAAUUUAAUGUUAAAGGACCCGAUAAAACCAUUACUGUGGUUUAUGUGCCCUCUCAUCUGUACCACAUGGUGUUUGAGCUCUUUAAGAAUGCCAUGCGCGCUACCAUGGAACUGCACGAAGAUGCCAUGGAGUAUCCACCAGUACAUGUGCAGAUCGCCCUCGGUCAUGAAGACCUGACUGUUAAGGUCAGUGACCGUGGAGGUGGAGUUCCAUUGAGGAAGAUUGACAGACUGUUUACAUAUACAUACUCCACUGCCCCUCGACCUCAGAUGGACACAUCUCGAGCUACUCCUCUGGCUGGUUAUGGUUAUGGGCUACCCAUCUCUAGACUCUACGCCAGGUAUUUCCAGGGUGAUCUGAAGCUCUACUCUAUGGAGGGAUAUGGCACAGAUGCCAUCAUAUACAUUAGAGCUUUGUCCACCGAGUCCAUCGAAAGGCUUCCAGUUUACAACAAAUCUGCCUGGAAGCAUUACAAAACCAUCCACGAGGCCGAUGACUGGUGUGUUCCCAGCAAAGAGCCCAAAGACAUGACCACCUUCCGCAGCUUCUAGUCUUGAUUAAAGCUGCUCUUAUGGAUGUGCUUGCCCUGUUCCCCUCUCACUGCUGAUCCGGUGCGGACUGCAUUGAUCCAAACAUCUUACCUUCAUCUGUCCACUUAUAUAGGUCAAUGAGAUAUAAGAGAGGACAACAAUGAUAGAAACUGUGGCCUCACGAUGUAACAGAGGAACAUUUCAUAAAUGGGGGUUGCUAAAACCUUAGAGGUUUCUAGUAUGUUCUCAUGAAAGUUUAAAAGGUCUGAAGUGAACUGAGCUGGCAGUAUGAUAAGUUAGCAGGGGUGUUCCUAGUGCCAAAUAUAAAAAUAGGCCAUUGCAAUUGGAUGUACUUGUGUUUGAGUGUGUGCCAUUAUAAGCUUUCCCAACUCACAGGUAUUAUCAUAACAUAGAAAUCUGGUAUUUGGAUAGAAAGCAUUAAAAUUAAAGGGAUAGUUCAUCUGAAUCAUCAUUUACUCAUCCUCAUGUUGCUCCAAAUCUAUAUGGCAUCCUUUCUUCUGUGGAACACAAAAGGAGAAAUGUUGAAAAAUGUUCACUUGGUUCUCUUCCAUACAAUGAAAGUGAAUGAUGACCAGGGAGCUUCAAGUUCUAAAAAAGACCAAAAAGCACCUUAAAUGUAGUCCAUACAACUCGUGCUCUAUAUUCCUAGUCUUCAGAAAUUAUACGUUGGUAUUGUGUGAGACCGAAAUUUCAGUUCAUUGAAAAUCUUUGUCUGACAGCUGUGGUCACCAUUGACUUUUACUGUAUGGAAGAGAGCAGCUUGGAAAUUCUGCAUUAAAAACUCCUUUAGUGUUCAUGCUGGUGAGUAAAUAUUUACCGCAUUCUCGUUUUUGGGUGAAUUAUUGAUUUUUUUUUAAUUAUUGAGAGAAUUAUACCAUUUGGGUUCAUUAUUAAGUCAGUGUACAAUUAUUUAUUUGACUGUUCUUCACUUUGCAGUGUUGACCGCUUUCUGAAACUAUUACACGUGAUUGAUUUAGGAAAUCAUGCACAUAUCUGUGUUUUACACAGGCCUGUGUUUAUGUGAGCUGUAAUGAUGUACCAGCAAAACUGGGGCUUCACAUUCCACGUACCAUCCCAUCUAUUACAUUUUGUUGUUUCAGGCAAGAAACAGGAUUUGUAUUAUUUUUUCUGUCUCUCUAAUAAAGUGUGAGAGGUUUGAGUUUUAAAGAAUGACAUUUCUACGUCUUGCUUCACCCUGCUAGAGAAAAUAUCUGAAGGUUGAUGAUUUUCUUUCAGGAAUUUAAUUGACAAAAAAAAUUAAAAACGCAUAUAAGUGUGAAUUGAAAGCUUAUUUUGACUAGUCUUAAAUCUGGAACCACUGAACAAGAAUGAAUUGUCCAAAUUAAAACUCAUCCAGAAUGUGUCAAUAAAGGAUUUGGAGUACUUUACUGGAGACUGACUGUAACUGCAGCCUCAUUACUUCUGUUACAGUGGCCCCAAGAAGUAUUUGGAGUAUACGGAUGUCAAUUUAACAUUUUAUUUCAAAUUUUUAAUAGAGAUAGCCCGUCAGUGUUCAUUAAAAACAUGCAUACCCAUUGGCUGGGCCAGCCUAAAAAAGAAAUGGCAUUUCUUUUUCUUGUGAUCUGAGCUAAAGAAGCACCAUUUAUGAUCCCAUUGUUGUGUUUUUUACAUUUAUGCAUUUGGCAGAUGCUUUUAUCCAAAGCGACUUACAGUGCCCUUUUACAGGGACAAUC